AUGGCUUCCUGUUUGGAGGAGGAUUUCUGCUGUCCCGCCUGCCAGGACGUCUUCAAAGACCCCGUCCUCCUAUCGUGCAGCCACAGCUUCUGCAGAGCCUGUCUGCAGAGCUGGUGGAGCACGAAACAAUCCCGAGAGUGUCCGGUUUGUCGGACAGUGUCUCAGUGCGGCGAUCCGCCCCGUAACUUGGCGUUGAGGAACCUGUGCGAGACCUUUUUGCGCAAAAAAGGCCAGGGAGCCUCAUCGGGGCCCGGGACUCUCUGCCCUCUGCACUCGGAGAAGCUCAAGCUCUUCUGCCUGGACCAUCAGCAGCCGGUGUGCGUCGUCUGCCGAGACGCGAAGAUACACACCGACCACAGGUUCAGACCCGUCGACGAAGCGGCGCAGGAUUGCAGAGAGGAGCUCCGGAAGUCCCUGAGAGCCUCGCGGGACAAGCUGAAGGCUUUUACCGACGUCAAAGUGAACUUUGAUCAAACGGCGGAGCACAUAAAGGUCCAGUCCCGACACACGGAGAGGCAGAUUCAGGAGGAGUUUAAGAAGCUCCACCGAGCCACAGAGGAGCAGCUGAGAGCCGAAGACGUCCCGUUCCUGAUCAACUUCAGGGCUGCAGCGGAGAGAGUCCGGCGGCGCCCCCUGCCGGAGGAUCCACAGCUGCUCUCGGGGGCUCUGAUAGACGUGGUGAAACAUCUGGGCAAUCUGACCUUCAACAUCUGGAAGAAGAUGAAAGACGUGGCGCCCUACAGUCCCGUGAUUCUGGACCCGAGCACCGCCUAUCCUGAGCUCGUCCUGUCUGAGGAUCUGACCAGCGUGAGACGUGGAAAGAUACAGCAGCUUCCCGAAAACCCCGAGCGGUUUGCGUACUGGGACUCCGUGCUGGGCUCCGGAUUCAACUCGGGGACUCACAGCUGGGACGUCGAGGUCGGAGACAACAAAGAGUGGGAACUGGGGGUGUUAGCCGAGUCCGUCUGCAGGAAGGGAUUCAUGGGGUCCAUGGCUUGGAGCGUAGACUUCAGCGAUGUCGGAUACAGAGCGUACUCGCCGGAAAAUAAAUACACGGAUCUCCCGGUCAGAAAGAAGCUCCUGAGGAUCCGAGUUCACCUGGACUGGGACAGAGGGAAGCUGUCCUUCUCUGAUCCCGAUACUAACACAUACAUACACACCUUCACUCACGCUUUCACUGAGAAAGUGUGCCCAUACCUUUGCACCAGGAAUGCACUCCCUCUCAAAAUACUGCCUGCAGAGAUCUCUGUGAUAGUGAAAAGUUAG